UCAUCCCCAUAACACUGUUCGCUGACGGAAGAAAGUAGCGUUAGCUUUAAAAACUAGGGUUAGCUUAGCCCUCCGUUUUCUGAAUUCUCCUCCUCCUUUCUCCCAACCACCGCCCCUAUUCGGAGAUUCGGUAGUGAGAGGUCGAAGGAGAGAUGGCGAAUCCAAUGCGUUAUCUGUAAGGUACUUGGGGGAACGAGGUUAAGAAGUUUUCAUUUGAAGAUAAUUUAGUGGGAGAGACGACUUGUAGCUUGAUUCAGUGUCGAUGGCGAAGAGUAAGCCAGGGAAGAAGGACCUCGAUUCGUAUACGAUCAGGGGCACCGACAAGGUUGUGCACCCGGGUGACUGUGUGCUUAUGAGGCCCUCCGAUCCGGAUAACUUUCCGUACGUUGCGCGGGUGGAGAAGAUCGAAGCAGACCAACGCAACAAAGUGAAUGUGAGGAUUCGGUGGUACUACCGGCCUGAAGAUUCGAUUGGUGGACGGCGGCAGUUCCACGGGGCUAGGGAGCUCUUUCUGUCCGACCACUAUGACGUCCAGAGCGCGCACACCAUUGAAGAUAAGUGCGUGGUUCAUUCCUUCAAGAACUAUACCAAGCUCGAGGAUGUCGGGUCAGAGGACUUCUUCUGCCGAUUCGAGUACAAGGUUUUAACCGGUGGUUUCACUCCUGACCGCGUAGCAGUGUACUGCAAAUGCGAGAUGCCUUACAAUCCGGACACGCUAAUGGUGCAGUGCGAAGGGUGCAAGGACUGGUUUCAUCCGGCUUGUAUGGACAUGACUAUUGAACAAGCCAAAACAUUGGAUCAGUUCCUUUGUUUAGACUGUGCCGCGGAUGAUGAUACCAAAAGGUCUCCUAAUAGCUUUCCUGUUUCCUCAAUGUUGGAGCCAAAGGCACGUUUUGAAUAUCUUGUAUUACCAUGACUUACAACCUAGGCACAAACAUGAAAAGACCAGAGAAUAUGAUGCAGCUAUAUUUGCACGUAGACGCGUCAAAUUGGUUUCGGGUCUGACCUGAAAAACUUCUUUGCCCGAAUAUGUCCCAAACUUUAAACAUGUUAAAAGGUCUAAAUCUGAACCCGACCCUCAUUCAACCCAGGUUCAAACCAAAAAGAGGAAGAGAUGAUGAUCAAUUUUACAGGCAAGGGUGGCGGGCCAGCUGUACCCACUCUUGGUAAUAUGGAACUGUACAGUGCAGGAAAAAAAGACUGCUUGUAAAAAAAGGAAAAAAAAAAAUAACUAAGUUAAGUUUUUGUUGG